UUGUGUUCACUGAAAAAUUGUGAAAAAAAUUGAAAAAAUUUUAAUUUAAAAUCAUCAAAUCUAUCACGUGUAUUGUGGAAAUUAUUUUUCAAUUUCAACCGCUGGAUUUGUCUUUAAGGUGGUAAGUUGAACUGUUCACCACUCUAUCCAUAGUCCAAAAUGCUUAGAGGACGACGUGUGAACAUCAGCCGCCGCACAAGACAUGUAAGCCAGCAACAAGUGUAUUCACAGAACUUAAGCAAAGAAAGAUAAAAUAUAAUAAGAAAAAAUGCCACAUUAAGACAACGCGUGAGGACACGAAAAUCAUUGGCAUCAUACAAUCGCAAUUCCAUUACUUACACUACCACAGCCACUGAUACCUUUGUUCAUGCAGACUUGAAAGGUAAAAGAUACAACACACAUAACCAAUCUCUAACACCAAAAAUAUUAUUUGCAACACAUAAAAACUACAUAUACACACACUACACCAUGGCAAGGUGGCCAAAAUCAUUUACGCAUUUGAAAACUGAAUGGCCACCAAUGCCAAACAUAUCGAGAAGCAUGUCAACUAUUUGGAUUGCUGGAGGACGAAUCUCAUAGGGAUUUACUGUCGCAACUUCGAAAGCUGUUCACAACUAUCAUCACCAUAUGUUUUCCUUUACAACCAAAUCAGUUAUGGAACAAAUACAAAGACGACAUACGACAUGUGAAGAUAUAUUGCAUCGCUUGGACAUUCGAACGAACAAUCCUGACAUCCAAAUAACCGAUAAAGUUUUCACGUUACUUUUUCAAAAAUUUAUUCAAACUUAAUGCAAUAUUGUCUUUUAGGACUUAAACUCGUGGCAGAACUCCUUCCACUGCCGCUGCCGAUGCCCCAGCCAUUGUGUGACCAGUUGAAGCAGCAGCAUAAGAAGCGCCUGAUUACUGAGCGGAAACUAUGCUCCGCCCACUUGCAUCCGCAGAGCGGCCAGAUAGCCAAGCUGGUGGAGGCCCUGGCUCCGGCCAGUUUCCCCCAGCUGUCGGAGAUGUUGAAACGUGUCUGCAUGUAGCUCUCAGAUCUGGCCCCCAAGACAAUUACGGAGCUGUUGUGCAACGCAUAUCAGACCUCCAAUUGCAUCCCAACCACCAACCUGAAGAGGCUUCUUCGCUUUUCUACGCGGCUAUGUGCUUUUGUUUCUUUGAAGAGUUCAAUGUUGUCCAUACUAUCGGCCAAGUAUCGGCCAACUUUUUGGACUCACGGAUCUCGUUGAUUUUCCAUUUGUCGACCGCAGCUCCAGCUCUUUAUCUGGCUGCGGCUCUGCCGCCCAAGGAACUCAUUCCCAGGAUUGUUUUUAGCAAUCUGACGAGUGUGGAGGUCACCCAUGGCAUCUCCAUUCCGGCAGUCCGCAAUAUGGUUAUCCUAACAGAACAUAUGCGGACUAUUCGUUAUAGAUUUUCUAGAACAGUUCUGAUUCUCAUUUCUCUACUAUUUUUCCAGCUUUACCUUUUACCAUCUAGCCCUGCUGCUGAAACAGAAGAUCACAGAGUUCCAGACAUGGAUGAAGCGGGUUAUCCUGCAAAGCGAGACCGUGGAGUACAACGCCAACAUUGAGUCGCUGAUCCUCGGAUCCUCGAUCUCUGACGCAAAUGGAACCACCACCCGUCAUGUCAGCGAUGCCUCACCGCACCCUUAAGCUGGAGAAACACAAGGCGGUGGCAAAUGAAGCAGCUGUCAGUGACCUUGAGCAAUUGAUUCUACUGCACUAGCUCAAGUUGCCAGCAACCGAUGCAACCGAGGAUCGCGCAUCUCAGCAGCUGCUGAUUUUAG